GUUUUUGAGAUAUUUCAUUUCGAAGUUUGAAAUCCGUCAAAUUGAUGGGUCCCGUAAACCUAGUGUUAAAUAAAUAUGACAAGAUAUAAUUUAUUAGCCAGGUACAAUUUGCUGUUAUUUUUAUACUCAGAGGUAAGAUCGGAAUACUUAUUAUUUUAUUGAAUGGAUAAAUCUAUCACACCGUUCUGAGCCAAAAAAAUCUUUAUUGCACGCGCUUACAAAAACUAGGGAUAAAAACAAAAAGGCAUCUUAAACCUAUCGAUUAAAUCUAUCGAUUGUAACUAGGAUCAUCCUCUAGUUACUAUUUCUUAUAACUAACGCAUUUGCAUAUGGAUGGCGAGCACGAACUCACGUUGUCAUUUUUAACACAAUUAAAUAUUAACCCUUUCAGUGCUAAAAGCAGAGAUAUCGUUGCGUGUGUGAUGGCGCUUUACUAAUCGCUUUGCGAGAAAACUUUAUCACAAAAUAAAUUCAUGAAACGUUAUAAAUGGUUAAAUUUCUUUGCAAAAGUCCUAUGUGAGAUGUUCCAUAAAUUGAAAAGGUUGUUUAUGGGUUUAACUUUUCGUAAUAUUCCGCGAUGGUUGAUACCGAGAUUGUGUAUACGUUGUGUCAUAAGAUAAAAAUUCGACACGGGAGAUUUGCUUGAGACCGGCGAGAAUAAAAUUUUUGAUAGGCCUGUGCGAAGAUCACGCAAUCUGUGCAAUAAAGGAUUACGUGGCGUAUACAUUAGUCAUCAUCAAAGCUAAGUAAAUUAUUUGCGUUAGCAACAAUAAGUAAAUAUUACACAUUUUCAAUAACCGGAUAACUUUAAAUGUUUAUAAUAAUAUUAGGGUGUUAUUUCAAUGAUGUUGUACUAGCUACACGAAUCACUUAUUUUGAAGCAAAUAAUCCAUGACGUUUGUUGCGCAUCAUGGGAUUAUUAUUUAGUUCUCUGUUUGCAUGUUUCUGUUUUUAGAAAUUUUUCUACAAAUAAUUGAAAAUGCAGUAAUUAUGUUUUAUACUACAUGUUCUACAUAAAAAUAAUGAUUAAAUGAUGAUUAUUCUUAUUUGCAAAUACUAUUUAUAAAAGAAAACUGACCUCUCCAUUUUUCUUAAUGAUUUUGAAUAAGUAUUAUUGAUAUGAUUUUCAAUAAAUAUUGAAAUACAAUUGGCAUUAAUUUAUUCUCCCUUUAUUUCGUAAUAUGUUUCUUUUUGAACUCUGUAAGUAUCAUUUUUAUUUUUUUUUAUUAUUUUUAUCUCAAACCUUACCAAAUUACAUCAAAUUGGUUCGAUAUUUUUCGCUUAGGUAUAAUUUUUUCGGUCGACACUAAAGGGGUUAAUGAAGAAUAAAGCAAUAAAAAUUGCAUGACAAUAAUACAAUGCCUAGAUAAUGACAUGAAAUGGAUGGGAUAGUAUACGUUUUGUUGCCAGUCUGGCAAUCGGACCAAACCUUAAUAUCUCAUAAAUAGGAUACAAUAAAGUCCACGUUGUCGAAUGUCUGAACGCCAAGAUUCUACAUGUCAAAAAUAUGAAUUACCAAAAUCAUUGCAAGGUACAGAGGAUGCCGAGUUCGUCUGGAACAUGAUAACCGAAAGAUUCCCAAAUGCGGCACCGCUUUUAUGUGAAAUGGAGACGGUUAUCGAUCGAGCCGAAGAUCUUCUUCAGCAAUUACGAGCACCUUGUCGUGAAAUUGAAACAUCUACCUCUUUCUUUACACAAGAUUCAGAAGACUCAACUGUAAUGUUUUCCGCUAGGGGAUCGGUAAUCACUGAAAAUGACACUAUAGAAGAUAGUGAUGCAAUAAGUAAGAACGUGGCCGAGAUACAAGUUUCAGAAAGCAGUAUCGACGAACGAGAAGUUAAUUUAAUUGAUGAAACUCAAAAUUUGGUUACUAAAGAACAAGAUAUAGGAAAUAAAUCUAGUGACUCGCUGAUGAUGAAUAGUUCUACUACGCAGAAGUUUUCAAGCGAUGAAUCUGCUUCUCUUAACGUUGAAACAAAUACCACUAAAUUGAUGAAAGAGACGUGUAGCUUGGAGGAGUGGGGUAAAAUAGCAGAUGCUGCUAUGCGACAAGACGCUGCCGAGGUGCAAUCUGUUAAAAAAACAAUUAACAUGUUUGAAAAACGAGCCAAUUUCGAAGAAACUAAAAUGGAAAGCCACAGUAUAAAAAAACACGAGGAUUCUUGUAUUACACUACACCGCCAAGAAACAUGUGCUGACGUUGGUGAUUCCGUUAUGGAAAUUGGCUCCCAUCGAACCGCAAGUCAAAAAUUUAUCGUCGAUAAAGAUGAUGCGAUAAAUCUUUCAAUUCAAGGUAGUGGUGACGACAGUUCAUCGAAAAUCGUUAGUCAAAGAACGCCAUUAAACAUUUUAGAGGCAUAUGCAAAACGUUGCAAAAUACCAGUUGAAUAUGAAUACACAAGUGACUGUUCACAUCGUCACAAAUCGAACGUCUAUGUAAUACGUGGAAAUUUCGCUGGAUUUGCUGCAACAUCUAGAGGUUUAACCGAAGAAUCAACAAAGAACGACUUAGCCGCGAAAAUUUUACAAAUGAUUGCGAAUCAGGAGAUGAAGGACGAAAAGCUAGGUGCUCUCGUGGAUCUUACACAGGAAGAACUGUUGGAAAUAAUUAAUCUAGGCGCGGACGGUCUGAGAGAAACAGCUCAAAGAAAGUUAUAUCAACUUUGUCUUAAAAAAGGAGUUCCAGUUCCAAAGUAUUGUGUGGAAAAAAUGAAAACUUAUCAGGGUUUGACUUACGUUGCUACUUGCUCUGCGUUAGGCUAUAUCAGCGAAGGUCGUGGCGUGAGAGAGUGUGUGGCAAAGAAAACAGCCGCUGACGAAUUGUAUCAUCAAUAUUGCGAGGAUCAAAAAGCAGAAUCGAAGAUAAAUGAAGAGUAGUGGUGUUGGCGGGUAGGAAAUUUGGCAUCUCGGUUAAUCCACGAUGACUACAGUUCACCGAAACAAAGGCCGUCAGUUGCUUCUGAAUAUGUUUCCCUCCGUUACCAAAUACGUAUACUAAUUCACACUCGCAUACAGUCUUUGUACAUUCCUCUUUCAACGUCUAAAAUAGUAAAUUUAUUAAGUUCAAAAGAUUUGCAUAGAUUAACGUUGCUUCUUACGAAUAAACUGUAAUAUAAAAUUGA